AUAAAGAUUAAAAGGGUCGGUUGGCUAAAUAUGCCGCGCUCGCCCUCGUAUGGUGAGUGCUGUAUGGCUAUCAAGACAUAUGGCCGACAUAAUUUGUGGAACCUAUAGGGUUGGCUCGCUCGGCCGACCCUCCAUUUACCAUAUCAAAAUUUUAGGCGUUACUUGCAUGAUAUUGUGUUUGUGCUGAGGUUCAAGCAGGCUACUUACAGGUUUAUUUGAUCUAGAUUGUGCCGGCGAAAUCUGACUAUUUAGAUUACAUACAGAUGGUAGCAGCCAAGAAUCUGCGCUGGUGUUUUUGAGCAGAAUUUGUAUGACGAAAUGCCCCUGAGAGAUUCCGUUGCUUGUCUAUGGUACGGGAAUACCGUGGUUACAGGUCGUGCUUUUUAUCAAAAGAAGAGUGGUUACAGGUUAUGCUCAUGUUGGAGCUCUUGAUUUUCAUGAGUGUGUGAUCUAUAAUUUGUUGAGUCUUGAUUUAUAUGUUGAAUUCUGCAUUUUAUUGAUGUGGGGACUGUAGAAACACAACCCUAAAACGAAUGGAAAAACAAGAAGCAAUGCACAGCUUUACGAGGUAGCUGAGUUAAAUUCCCUGUCACUUGUUCGAAAGAACGCAGUGGGGAGAUGGUAGGCUGAUAGCUGGAGAUUGAGAGGAAGUGCUCUUCUUUCUAUCCAAAAACCAUAGAUGGGUUCCAUAAUCCAGCAUUGUGAAAUCAUCUUCACAUUUUCAGAUCUAAAAAGGAUUGUGGUUCUAGUGAACAGGAUUUGAGUUAUCUGCUCAAGUUGGAUUGGGUUAUAAAUGAAAACAACCCAAUAAUAUUGUACCUUUGAAGAAUGUAAGCUAAAAUUCACGAAUUCUAUGGUGGAGCUGGAGCACAUGGGGAGUAUUAUACAUUUUUCACAAGAUACUACAUUUCUUAGUGCCUCCAAGUAUCCAUCAUUGGAAGCUCGCAUAGAGAUGGGCAUCGUUUUUCUGUAAUCUGAUCACAAUCUUGAAUGGCAACAGGUGAUUUAGUUUUCCCACUAUCUGAACCAAGAUUCUCCAUUGCCUAGAACUGGGAACCAUUGGUUUUGGGUCCAGCAUUUGCAGGACAGAACCCCAGGCCCAGUGUGCUUGAGCUUGAAGUUCUCAUCUUCAAACUUCAAUCCAUAGUGACUUCUGCAAAUUGUUCCAUCACGAUUCCGGCUUUCAUCUUUCGGUUCGGAAUCCGUAGAAUCUGGUUGCAGAAAAGAUGGUGGGGAGAACGAAAACGAAAGAGAGCUGAUGAAUGGGUAGAGAAUGAAAUCUCCGUCAUCCUUCCAGAAAUCCUCUAGCGAAUGGACUAAAAAGUCAUCGAGAGGACAUUAACAGAAGGGACAGUUUUUAACUAUUGCACAGCUUUUGAGCUUAACAGGCUUUUCAUUACAAGCACCUGCAAGCCUUCGAUGUAUGCUUAACCCUUUAGGGAACGUAAGAAAAAAAAAAAAAUUGGGAGAACUAACCUAAGAUCUGAUAAUUUCAUCUUGAAGAUGAUUAGAAGAAAAUAGUCAAUAAAAUGAUCAGAUUUUGAUCUGUGACCUCAGGAUUCUUCAGAAUUCUACAGAACCAAACCCAUGUUAAUAGAAAUAAAAGGUUCAAUUUUUAUAGAACAUCUAACCUUCAUCUUGAUUUUGGAUGCUGGGUUUUAAAUUUUUAGGGUUUUUCUACAGGGUACACAAAUUUAUAAGGGAAUCACUAGGGUUUUAGGUUGCUGGCCAGCUAGGGUUUUUUUGCAGUUUUUCUUUCUCAAUCUAAUUACGAAAAUACCCCCGCUGCCAAUGUAAAACUACUAAAAUUACCAUUCUUUGCGAAAUAAAGCUAACUUCCAUUGAUCGACGUGGGAGAAAAACCAGCGACACUAAUGGGCUAAUGGAUAUAUAAUAAUGGCGUGGAUGUCGCAGAAGGUGGGAGUGGGACUGUGAGAGCCUAAUAGACGCAAACCCAGUUCUCUGUGGUGUCUUAGGAGUACAGAGGGAUUUGAAAAAUUUUCAAUUUUGAUCUUUCAUGGAGCAAGUACAGGAAAUUUGAAAUGUUGCUUUCUUAGCAUGACUUAAGCUAAUAAAAUUAUUUUGCACCAAAUGGUCUGCAACUUCCAGAACUAGCUUUUUCUUCAACCAAGAAAAUCGAUCAAAAGGGGUACAAAAAAUGGAGCCAGAUCCAACUCCAUCUGCUGCUCCUAGGAAGGUGAAAUUUAAACCAAAAGUUCCUCCUCGUAGAGCAUCCAAACCUGUUGAAAUAAAAAAUGAAGCGAUUGAGAAUGAAGAUGUCAAGACCAGGGAAUUGCUGCAGCGUAUCAAUGAAAGUGCUGGGAGGGGAAGGCCUAAAAUUGAAAAGAAAUCGGCACCUGUGCAAGUUGCAUUUGGUCAUGGACAAGCAUCAAGUUUCAUGAGGUCAUAUGGCCCUCCCAAGAGCAGUGCUAGCAGAUUUCAAGAUGGUGCUAACAUGUCGGGGCACAUGUUGGAGAAAGAAUACAGAGAACCCUGGAACUAUUGUUCGUACUAUCCUCUCACCCUCCCUGUGAGGAGACCAUACUCAGGAAACCCAGUGUUUCUUGAUAAGGAGGAAUUCGGGGAGGAUUCUACAAACAUGACCAAUAAUGAAUAUUCUACAAAUUCAGCUAUUGAGCUUGGGCUAAUGGAAGAACAAGAAGAGCCAAAAAUGAUCUUUCUUCAAUUGCCUACAUCUUUGCCUUUAGUAAAGCGAUCAGCAACUGCUGAGAGCAGUCAGACAACCAGAAGUGCAGGACCAUCCAGUAAUGUGGUUCCUUCAGAUAAAGGCUGCAGCUUGGAACAGUUACCGGCUGGUUUAAUGGGUAAAAUGCUAGUAUAUAAAAGUGGGGCAGUCAAGCUGAAGCUUGGUGAUAUUCUCUAUGAUGUUUCCCCAGGUUCAGAUUGUGCAUUUGCUCAGGAUGUUGUGGCAGUCAAUACUGAAGAGAAACAUUGCAGCAUCCUCGGGUUGCUUGACAAGCGCGCCGUUGUUACCCCGAGUGUCGAUUCCCUCCUGAGUAGGAUUGCGGACAUGGAUUAGUAUUCAUUCAUUUUUUCCCCCCUCCUUCAGCUCUGUUUGUUUCCAGGUAAAAUUGGUGCAGAAGAGUAUGAUUUUACUUGAAAAUUUUCACAGAAAAUGUAUAGUGUUUCUAGUUCAAAUUAAAUAGAAAAUUUGCAGGCCUUAUACUACAUAGUUUUGGGGUAUUGAGGAGAUAAGAUCAGGAACUGCGGUCAGAAAUUAUUUUGGAACCAUUUUCGCUUUGCUUCAUGAACACAGCUUUUGGUACUUUGUUAUUGCAGAAUACUGCUAAAGUUGGUGAUAGAAUAAGAGAGAUGACUCCCCAUCAUCCUUCCCACCGAUGAAAAUGAGAAAUAUAAAUAUCAGUAAGCGUAAAUUGAUGUAAUAAAAAAUUGUGAUGAUAUUGUUUGACAUGUAAACAAGUCCUCUCUCUCUCCUUGCAUAAAUCACAUGGUAAGUUUGAUGAUC